CACGUUUAACUCAAGGUUCCUUACUUAAAAGGUUACUCGACUCAGUUAAAGAGCUAGUAACCGACGCGAACUUUGACUGUAGUGAAACCGGUAUUUCUCUACAGGCUAUGGAUAACUCUCAUGUCGCGUUGGUAUCACUAUUGCUUCGUUCCGAAG